GUUGGUCGCGCAUUUGUUUUCGGGGUAGUAGCAGCCAGCGGCCAUGCCCAGUGAUGACGACGGCCUUGCCCCGACGGAGGGUCCUGACUGGGAAAAUGGUUUUAGCGAUUCUCUUCGCAACUUUGAGGAAGCUGUCACACUGUGGAGACGGCGAGAGGAGGCCACCUGCGAGGAGAAGAUUGCAGGUCGGAAUCUAAAUCAACGCACAGUGGCAAGUUGUGACUUCACUGCAGAGGACUGCUUGAAAGCUCACUUUCCAGCUCGCGAAGAUGAUGAAAGCGAUGCACCAUUGCAGGCCUUGGUGAAAGUCGCGAAGAGUCAACGCGAGGAGCUCCAAGAGGUCUUGGAACUGGUGCGAAACCACGCGGAGCGCUUCGAAGGUCACUCGUCUCUGACGGCCCAAUUGCCAGAGCAAGGUAGUGCAAGCGCUCGCAAGAGUGGAGCAGAUGUUGUAGCUUUGCUGGCAGAGCUGCUGGAUGUUGCGUCUCGCAAUUUCAGCAAGCAGAGAGGAAAGGAGGAUGACCGGCGUGAAGAACGGAAUGGACGAGGACGUGACGAGCACCGUCUCCGAGAACGGCGUGAAGUGCGGAAGGAUGACUACCGCCGAGAUGACCGGCGUCGUGAGGAAGAUGAGCGUUACGAGGAUGAUCGACGUAGAGCGCUCGAUGGCGCAGGCCGCGAUGAUGGACGUCGUGAUCGUGACCGCGGCAAGGAUGACUAUGAUCAUCGACGUGAUGAGCGCCGUCAUGAUGACCGGUAUGAGGAUGAUCGUCGCGGACGUGAAGGAGGCCGUGAUGACGGGCGUCAUUAUCGGGCCAAGGAUGACUAUCGCCGCGACGAUCGCCGAGACGAUCGUUACGAUGAUCGGCGACCCCCAGGUCCGCGACGUGAGGAACGGCCAAGAUCUCGCAGCAGAGGUGAUGCAGCUGCGUGAUCAUCGGAAGCAAAAUCCGUUGACCAGGCAUAAUAAUUAUGUAAAAUAUAUCUUGAUCAUGAAAUUGAUGGCGAAUAUCAAAAUAUCAAAA